GUUUUAGUUAUUGACUGUGUGAUACGGAUGGAUCUAAGUUAGAAAGGAAUGAUACGUCGUCUUCCGGAAGAUGUUGUCAACCGUAUCGCGGCUGGAGAAGUAAUUGUACGAGCAGCAAAUGCUAUUAAAGAGUUGAUCGAAAAUGCGUUAGAUGCAGGUGCUACGGAAAUUGUUAUUACUGCAAAAAAUGGUGGCCUCGAUUUGCUAAAAGUACAGGAUAACGGUAAAGGAAUUGCCAAAGAUGAUUUACCAAUUGUCUGUGAACGUUUUACGACAUCAAAGUUGGAAAGAUAUGAAGAUUUAGAAUGUAUGAGUACAUUUGGAUUCAGAGGUGAAGCGUUGGCAUCAAUAACUCAUGUAGCUAAAGUAACGAUUAUCUCGAAAAUUCCGGAUUCACCUUGUGCUUACGUUGGUCGUUAUACAGAUAGUAAGCUACAGGGCAAUAUAAAACCAUCAGCUGGACUUGAUGGUACCACAGUUACUGCCGAAGAUCUAUUUUACAAUUGUCCAUCACGUCGUCGUGCACUUAAAUAUCCUGCUGACGAAAUGAAUCGUAUUGCUGAUGUUGUUGUACGAUAUGCUAUUCAUAACCCUUCAGUGUCAUUUACCUUACGACGUUGUGGUAGUGGAAGUGAUUUUCGAACAGCUGGUACAAACAAUCUUUGUGAAACGAUAUCUUCAUUACUUGGUGGAAAAUUUUCCAAAGAUCUCAUCUUGUUAAAUCAUGGUGAUUCAGCGUUAUAUUUUACUUUAAAAGGCUGUUUGGUACGACCUACUGCUUCCUGUACCGCUGAGAGUCUUCAAGAUCGGCAGAAUCGUCAGAAGGUUUUUUAUUUGUUCAUCAAUGGUCGUAGUGUUGAAUGUCUUGCGCUGAAGCAGGCACUGGAUGUUGUUUUUGCUGCUCAAAAUACCAUGUCACCGUUUGUUAUGAUUUCUUUACAAAUUGAGCCGAAACGUGUCGAUGUUAAUGUGCACCCAACCAAAUCUAUUGUUUAUUUUCUGGAACAGGAUAGCAUAAUCAGUUCCAUUCAAGAUUAUGUGGAAAACUUAAUUCUAAGUUUGGCUGGUAGUUGUGAUGUACAUCCUAAAUUUCCAUUGAUGACCGAUAGUAAUGAUAACAGUUCAUCAAAAUCGGUUGAUACAAUGACUGCUUCAAGUACGAAGAAAAAGCAACUAACGAUGCUUGUAUCAGAAUCGCUUGGUGGACCGCCACCAUCUUCCAGUAUAAAGUCACCAAAAGUUUAUCCCCACCAGCUCGUGCGAACUGAUGCAAAGGAGAGACGCUUAGAAGAAUUUGUUGCUAGUCAAUCACUAAUUGUAUCAUCCCCUUGUGCGACAAAUGAUUUUAAUUCGAGCGUAAAGACGCUAGGUGAUGGUGAGUGGCGCAAAUUUGAAUUUGAAUCACUGCAAAGUAUGAAGGAAGCAAUUUGUACAACAGCUUCUGUCAGUUUACGUUCGUUGUUCAAGGAACACAUAUAUGUUGGAGCCGUGAAUGUCGACCAGGUCCUUAUACAACAUUCAACGUCAAUUUACUUGGUGGAUGCUCAAGAUUGUUUGCGAAAUUUUUUUUACCAGAUCCUCGUUCUUUCAUUCGGUAAUUUUGGGUCAUUUAAACUAAGCGAAUGCGCACCGUUAGCUGAACUGUUGCACAUUGCUGACAGUAACUUAUCUCCUACAGAAGUCCAGCAGAAAGCAGCUACUGUAAUUGAAAAUCGUGAAAUGUUAGAUGAUUACUUCUGUUUGUCCAUUACGGAGAAUGGAAAUCUUAAUUCAAUCCCGUCUUUAAUUGAUGGAUUCAUUCCGCAACUGGAAUCUCUUCCACAACUGUUAUUGACAUUGGCAAAUGACAUUACAUGGAAUAAUGAGCAGGCUUGUUUCGAACAAGUUUGUUGGGCGCUGUCGGAGUUCUUUUGUCUUAAAAAGGAAUUUUGCGAUGGUGAAGCGAUUUCGGGUUUGUCUACUGAAAAGCUGUCUUGGAAAAAGUGCCUAUAAAGAUAUUUUAUUCCCAUCAUUAAAAAUCAAUUUUUUGCCGCCACAGAAAUUAAGAUGUUCACUACAUCGAAUUGCUGAUUUGCACGAUUU